CCAACAAGGCUGUGUCCUGUGCAGGCUGUCUGCCUGAGUUACAUCCACAAAUGCCUCGGAAGCAGCCGACUGGCUGCAUCCUUCUCCUCACAUUCCUGGGUCUGCCUGGGCUGGUUGGUGCAGUUACCAGAACAUACUACCUUGGGAUUGUGGAAGAAUACUGGAACUAUGUACCCCAAGGGAAGAAUAUUAUUACUGGAAAAAGUUUCGCAGAAGACAAACUUGCAACUUUAUUUCUUGAAAGAGGACCAACCCGAAUAGGUGGCAUUUACAAAAAGGCUGUUUACAGACACUUCACAGAUGGAACCUACACCACUGAGAUCUCCAAACCUCCCUGGCUUGGAUUCUUGGGCCCCAUCCUGAGGGCCGAAGUGGGUGAUGUGCUUGUCAUUCAUUUAAAGAACUUUGCAUCCCGACCUUACUCAUUGCAUCCACAUGGUGUUUUCUACAACAAAGAUUCAGAAGGGGCUUUGUAUCCAGAUGGAACAUCUGGGAGAAAUAAGGACGAUGACAUGGUUCCUCCUGGCAAAAACUACACCUAUGUCUGGCCAGUGCAAGAAGAAUACGCGCCUGCUCCUGCAGAUGCCAACUGCCUGACUUGGGUGUACCAUUCACACAUUGAUGCCCCCAAGGACAUCUGCUCUGGGCUGAUUGGCCCCCUGCUGGUGUGUAAGAAAGGUGUCCUGAAUAGAUAUUCAGGGACAAGGACCGAUGUGGAUCGCGAAUUUGUUAUAAUGUUUACUCUCGUGGAUGAGAAUCAAAGUUGGUACCUGGAUGAAAAUAUCAGACAUUUCUGCACUGACCCAGAUUCAGUUAACAAAGAAGAUGCUGUUUUCCAGAGGAGCAACAAAAUGCAUGCUCUCAAUGGAUACCUGUUUGGAAACUUUCCUGAGCCUGAAAUGUGUGUUGGUGAAUCUGUGUCCUGGCACCUAUUUGGAAUGGGGAAUGAGAUAGACAUCCAUUCUAUCUAUUUCUACGGUAACACCUUCAUCAGCAGAGGGCAUCGGACUGAUGUCGUCAACCUGUUCCCAGCUACCUUCCUCACAACAGAAAUGAUAGUUGAGAAUCCUGGAAAAUGGAUGAUAACCUGCCAAGUCAGUGACCACCUACAAGCUGGUAUGCUGGGGCAAUACAAUGUUGGUAACUGCAAAGCUGGUGUUUCUCACCCUAAGUUGGGUCAACAGAGGCACUACUUUAUAGCAGCUGAGAAAAUUCUUUGGGAUUAUGGUCCUCAAGGCUAUGACAAAUUCACUGGUCUCCCUCUAAAUUAUACUAACAGUGAUUCUGCAUUCUACUUUACACAAGGGGAAAACAGAAUAGGAGGAAAAUAUUGGAAGGCUCGAUAUACAGAGUAUGUGGAUGCAUCUUUUACUCAAAGAAAGAGGUCCUCUGAGACAGAAGCCCAUCUUGGAAUUCUUGGUCCAGUCAUCAAGGCAGAGGUGGGUGAUACCCUGCUAGUGACUUUUGCCAACAAAGCUGACAGAGUCUACAGUAUUUUGCCCCAUGGUGUGCUCUAUGACAAGGCAUCUGAUGCAGCCCCAAAUGUAGAUGGAUUUCUGAAACCAGGGGCACAUGUUAAACCAGGAGAAACCUUCACGUACAGGUGGACAGUGCCAGAAAGUGUAAGCCCAACCACUGAUGAUCCUCCUUGCCUGACCUAUCUUUACUUCUCAGCAGUGGACCCCAUCAAGGACACCAGCUCUGGCCUUGUAGGGCCUUUGCUAGUCUGUAAAAAAGGCGUUCUCAGAGCUGAUGGAACACAGAAAGGAGUAGACAAAGAAUUUUACUUACUGUUCACAGUCUUUGAUGAGAACCUGAGCAGGUAUCUUGAUGAAAACAUUCAGAAGUUUACCUGGCGUCCCUUCAGUGUUGACAAGGAAGACAAAGAGUUUGUGAAAUCCAACAGAAUGCAUGCUAUUAAUGGUUAUAUGUAUGGUAACCAACCAGGCCUAAGCAUGUGCAAAAAGGAUAGAGUUUCCUGGCAUUUGAUUGGAAUGGGGACUGACACCGACAUGCAUGGAGUUUAUUUUCAAGGGAACACCAUCCACCUGCGAGGGACUCAUCGUGAUUCCCUGGCUCUAUUUCCCCACAUGGCCACGACAGCGUUUAUGCAGGCAGACCAUGCAGGUAUUUUCAAGGUGUUUUGUUCCACCUUGCAUCACUUCACCAAAGGCAUGGGUCAGAUAUAUGAGGUCAACAGCUGUGGCAACAGAGACCCUUCUGAGCAGCCCUACGGGAUGAUAAGAACCUUUUACAUCGCUGCUGAAGAGGUAGAAUGGGAUUAUGCCCCUAACAAAAACUGGGAGUUCGAAAAGCAGCCCUUGGACGCAGGAGGGGAAAGACAUGGAGAUAUAUUUAUGAACCACACUGAAAACUGGAUUGGCUCUCAGUACAAGAAAGUGGUUUACAGGGAAUACACCAAUGGAGAAUUUGUGGAAAUCAAAGCUCGACCACCUCGAGAGGAGCACUUAGCACUCUUGGGACCAAUGAUUCAUGCUGAGGUGGGUGACUCCAUCCUGAUUAUAUUUAAAAACAAAGCCAGCAGGCCCUACUCCAUCUCAGCCCAGGGUGUGGAAGACAUGGACAGUGGAAAGGGAUUCCAAGUGCCCAGUACAAAGCCAGGAGAAAUAAGGACUUACAGAUGGAAUGUCCCUAAAAGAUCAGGCCCAGGGCCCUCUGAUCCCAAUUGUAUUCCAUGGCUUUACUAUUCAACAGUAAACUUUGUGAAGGAUACAUAUAGUGGUUUGAUGGGUCCUCUGAUCACGUGCCGAGAAGGAGUAUUGAAUGAAAAGGGAAGAAGAAGUGAUGUUGAUUAUGAAUUUGCUCUAUUGUUUUUGGUAUUCAAUGAGAAUGAAUCCUGGUAUCUGGAUGACAAUAUUAAGAAGUAUCUCAAUAAAGAUCCACGAAGUUUUAAGCCCACUGAUGAUUUUGAAGAGAGCAACAAAAUGCAUGCCAUUAAUGGAAAGAUUUUUGGAAAUCUCCAGGGCCUCAUAAUGUAUGAAGAUACAAUGACAAACUGGUAUUUGUUAGGAAUAGGAAGUGAAGUGGACAUACAUACCAUCCAUUAUCAUGCUGAGAGCUUCCUUUUCAAAAUAGAUAAAUCUUACCGAGAAGAUGUGUACGAUCUCUUUCCUGGGACGUUCCAAACCAUUGAACUAUUUGCGGAUCAUCCAGGGACAUGGCUACUGCACUGUCAUGUGUCAGACCAUAUCCAUGCUGGCAUGGAGACAACCUACACAGUCCUCCGGAACAUAGACAACAGGAUUCCUUACUCUACCAAGUCUCCUUCUGGAGGGGAGUCCCACCCAGCCACAGGGCCCUCCAAAGAACAACCUGGCAAGGAGCAGCUCUACUUUUUUGGCAAGAAUCUGGGUCCAAGAGGAGCCAAGGCAGCCUUGGUCAUCCUUUUCAUUAUGGGCCUACUCCUCCUGAUCGCCACUGUGAUUCUGUCCCUCAGACUCCACUCUGCAAGGACACAGAUGGCUUACCGGGAAGUCCAAUCCUGUGCACUUCCCACGGAGGCUCUGUGAACCAUCUGGUUUUUCUUAGCAGGAAGGAGUUCUGUAGCUAGCCAGACAGCAGAAAAAUUGGACCAAAGCAUCGUUCACCAAAGAAGGCUGACACUGUAUCCUGGAUCAGUCUUCUGAUUCUCUGGACCACUAUCCAAAGCAAUUUGCUUUUAUUUAUUUAAUUUUAAAUGGGCUGUAAAUAAUACUCAGGUAUAAAAUACAGAAGAAAGAGAACCCAUAGAACUGACAAAUGCCAACGCUUAGUCUGUUCUCUGGACAAAUUUGCUGUAGUAGAAUAUCUGGAAGAUACUUUCAUAUUCCAUGUUUCAUAAUUUUUAGUUCCUUACCUCACUGUUAAAGUUUCUAAACGGACAAUUCUAGAAAGGGUUCCAGCAUCCCAGACAUCUAACUGGAACAACACUGAGUUUCCAACACACUCACAUGACAUGCUUCCUAUACUGUUCCAAGGAAAACACAUUCUGAGUUUGUGAAAAUGUCUAAAUCAAUAUCUACUGACAGAAUUAGACCAAAUUAAUUUUUAGAGGCCAUCACCAGCCCUCCUGGAUUUUCCUCCUUUGAUACAAAUUGCCUACUAUUGCUUGUUUAUGAGGCAAAGAUAUAUUUUUUUAAAGUUGCUGCUGCUUUUAUGUGAACCUAUAGAAAUACUUGAAUGUUUACAAUUCACUUCAUGUUAUAUGUUUUUAUAAUAUUUUUCUGGCAAUGUCUGUAUUUUCAAAAAUCACCUAUAGAAUUGAUAUUUUUAUUUCAGGUGGUGGGAGGGCUGGAAUCUGUGGAGGAGGCUAGGUUUUUUUCAUGGUGAGUCAAACUCCCUGAGAGAUUAGUAAGAGCUCUCAGUAAAGGAGAAAACUUCAAGUCUGGGCUUGAAUUUUGAUUCUGAUCUUUCAUUCAAUUUGAGAGAAUCCUCCAAGGUCUCCAUCUUCUAUUAAAUAAUAAUUGUCUGAACAUGUGAGGACACCAAGAGGAAUUUACCAAUGCAGCUGACUGUUUAGGAGGAGAAGAGAUCUCUCAAAAUCCACAAUUCCAUGUCUCUUAAACGUACAGCCCUUUUGGGAGGGAGAAAAAAGGAAUAGAAAAGGACAGAAGAAAGAGAGUCUCAGUGGCAGUUUGUUAAGCCAUUAAAUCAGCUAUAAAGAUAAGUGUUACAGUUUCCAAGGCUCAUAUGCAGAAAUAAAACAUUGAAUAACUAGACUUUGCCACAGAGAGGGAAAACACUCUUAGUGGGCAUGUCUAGACAGUAGGUGUAAGACUGAUAAAAGCAACAUUGUUAAUCACAGGACUCAGAAAUUGCCCUUAGCUCAGGGCAAACUGCUGUGGGACGCUGAUGAUAGAUGAGUGGUAUUAGAACAUCUGCCUUAGCAGUGGAUCAUUUGAAUGUCCAGGUGAACCAGUAGGACCUACUAAAUACUCUGGUGGAGGGACAUUUCAGGUAUUUUCUUCUUCUUGGUGAGGGGAAAUGGGUAAUUUAACAGAAGCUAUUGUCUUUCAUAAAAUGGGAUAUAGAUGGUAACAAUUCUUUUUGUAGUUUGCUUAAAGUUAUAUCAAAUAGGAUAAAAGAUUUUUGAAUUUCAGCCUAACCACUGCCAAUGUGAUUUUGUAAUACAUACUUGACAGUUUUCAUACUUUUGUAGGCUGUAUAAUUACAUGAUAAUAAUAAUUAUGUUCCUUAUUUAUUAUUCACCUUUCAUAAGACAACAAACUAUUUAAUUCUGUUUCUUCCUUUUCACUUAGCUUUUUUUUAAUGAAAACAAAACCGUAGUUUGCACCAUUUCUCUCUUUUAAAUAAAGUUUCAU